AGAACUACAACUCAACAACAACAACUACAAAAAAACUACAAACAGCUAGCCGAGCAAGCUAACGUCCACCGACCGUUAGUGACGGGAGAGGCUCCUCUUCCACGGGGUCCUCCAUUCUCCUACGUGCUUGGAAGAGGAAGGUGAGACGUCAGGGAACAAAGAGCCACCAACAUCCUCCAGCAACAUGUCUGGAUUUCUACAGCACUGUUACUGAAGCUGGAGGAAGGGGAACAUGCUGAGCUGCUUGUUGUUCUCAGUCAUGAAACUGUGCUGAGACGUUGUAGUCUCUCCUCACCAUGGCAGCAGCUCUGCCGGUGUGUUACCACGGCGCCAUCAGCAGGAAACAGUGUGAGGACCUGCUGGGGAAGAAGAACAAGGAUGGAGCCUACCUGAUCCGAGACAGCGAGACCAUCCAGGGAGCCAUGUGCCUGUGUGUUUAUAAAAAGAAGGUGGUGUAUACCUACAGACUGCUGCAGGCACACAAUGGACACUAUACUCUCAUGACGGCGGGAGGCUUGGAGGAGGUAUUUUUUAAGAAUCUGGAUGACCUGAUUCUUCAUUAUAAAAGGAGGAACCAGGGCCUGGCCAUGCACCUGCGCCACUCCGUCAAAAGAAAGACGGCCUUGUUGAUCCAGCCCCAGAAACCCCCCGAAGAACCCCAGAGGUCACCGACGCCGAUGUCGGCACCAUCAGCUCCAGAAGAACACGAAGAACACGACUAUGAGAAUGCUCCGGAUUUAUCUGAAUACGUCGAGGUCUUGCCUCCCUGAACGACUCGAGGAGAGCAGCAAAGACAAAGUCUGAACUAUGAGCACUUAAAAAAGGACUUCACAAACUGAGUCACAUUCAGAACAAUCAACGAGGAACUUGGACUAACGGACAGAUGCUGAAGAAGGCUAUAUCAAGCUAUAUUUGAGACGUCCAUCUCCCUUUGAUCUUUUCCAGUUUGAACUGUGAAGACCAAUCUGAAGGACGAUCCAGAGUCAACUAUGGGAUGGAUUGGUUCAGCCAUUUAUGGUCCCCAGAGGAUGACUUGUAAUCACUUUGCUGUUACUCUGUGUUUAGUAAUAUGUGCAUCAGAAUCAGCAUGUUGGCAGCAUAGGUGGAAAAGCUCAAAGCACCACCGUGCCUGCAGUCGGUGCAGCCUCACUGAGCUGAUAGCAUGGCUGCAGACCCUUGGCCUUGUGGUAGCGAUGUCUGGUCUGUUAUUUUCUUGUCUUUCCGCUGCUGCUUUGUGGUUACGCAUGUAGAGUAUAGUAUAGGAGUUAUUUCUGUUCAGCACAGCAGUACCAACAAUGUGAUAACGUGGAAACCGUGUAGACUUAUCCAAAGUUCUAUGCAUGUGGAAUGUCUUGACCUAUUAACUACUCAUAUAACAAAAGAUCCUCCAAGUGAAGCACAGUUUCAGUAUUUCUCAGCCCCGGGCUUGUUGUUUACCACGUGCGGAACAAACUGCUUUAACCACCUGCAGCUUCUGGCUGAGUCACAAACAAAGUUUAAUUUGCUUGAACUAUUUUCAGUGACGGAUGAAACCACUGCCACAGAGGAAGACAGAUGAAGCUUUGAUACUGGUUUUAGUCUUUUAAUUGGACUAAGACUAUCACUAGCAUUAUGCAUUUAAUACAUAAACUGUUUUUAAAUGCUCUGUCCGACCACACUGAACUAAAAAUAUACAGAUUUAUCUGGUUUCUGAAGGUCUAAAUGUGUCAGCUUCUUGCUUAAAGAUUAGAUCAGAUUCAACUUUAUUGUCAUUGCACAAAGUAACUAGUACUUAGACGAAUGAAUGCAGUUUCGCAGCAUUAGCACAAGUGACUUUGAUGGUGUGAUAAAUAUGCAGUUUAGUGAUAAAAUGAGACGAGCUAAGAUCAAAUUUGAACUUUGUUAUUCUGAUAAAUGAGACUAAAUCUGUUUCAUGCUUGUUCACGUGUGCCGUCCUCUUUUCAGUCCUCCUUUCCUGUAAAUGUACAUUUCAAAGAAACAAGGCGAUGGUCAGACAGAAAACAAAACCAAACGUGCCGGUUGCUGUGCUGGUGUGAACUGAAGACGAUGACUUGAGUUCUCAUGUUUCUUUUUCUUCAUGGUGACUGUGCAUUCACAGACUGGCAGCUAUCAUUUGUGGUCGGCCUGCACUCAAAGCUGCCAUUACUUUUUUUUGGUUUAGUUUGUUUUACCACUGAUAAGAAGUUUCACUGUAGUUGAUGCUUUUACUUUUACUUUAUACAGUCAGUUAUACUUUUUUUUUACAUGCAUGUUCGUUCCUGCUGCCAUCGAAUGGGGGAAAUAUUUGAUAUUAAUAGAACUUUUUUUUGCGUUUAAGGAGGCAAACAACUCUUUCCCCACCUUCUGUAAAUAUAAAUCUGAAAAGUUUUCACUGUGACUGUUGAGUGUAAGAUUAAAAAUCAUUUGCAUA